AUGGACAGCGGCAGUUUUAUGACUCACAAGUUUCAAUCCUUCCAGACGCGGUCUCAACUGAGAUUGUUUGUUGUGAGGUCCUUGGAGCAGACUUCCACAUGUGGCAAGACAUGUCACGAUGCAUUCCGCUGUAUUUUGGGCCCUAAGAGGACGGACGUUUGCAGAGCUAGCCACGACUCCUUGGUGAUCCGUACAGCCGUACAGCUUGCAGGAUCAAUGAGUGCUAGUGCAGGUGCAGAGGUUGAUGCCAAAGGCCGGUCCGCGCUGCACCUCGCCGCCUUCAACGGGGAGAGGGAGGAGGUUGAGCGGCUUGUGACUUCAGGAGCUGAGAUUGAAGCCACAGACAAGGAAGGCUUCACUCCAUUGCAUUUGGCUUCCGAAGCGGGCCGCCUGGACGUGGUCGACCGGCUCACCGAAGCCAAGGCCGACUUGGAAGCGAAGGGUGGCCCAUCCCGCCUUACGCCGCUGCAUUGGGCGGCGGAGAAGGGCCACCCCGCCACGGUGGACCGGCUCGUGGCGGCCGGCGCCGCCGUCGACGCGAAGACCAGCCAGGGCUGGACGCCGCUGCAUCUUGCGGCGUGGCACGGCCACCCCGCCACGGUGGACCGGCUGGUGGCGGCCGGCGCCGCCGUCGACGCGAAGGAGGACAUCAGUGGUCAAACGCCUCUCCACUACGCGGCCGUCUCCGGCCACUCCGACGCGGCGCAGCGCCUGGUCGACCUUGGCGCCGACGUCGACGCCCAAAACAACGCCGGCCAAACGCCCUGGGAGUUGGCCCAAAGGCAUGGCCGCAAGACGCGGAUGGCGCCGGUUCUGCGUCCCGUGUAUGUCUCUUCCCUUGGUGGACGAAGCGUGCCCUGUGGUCACUGGCCAGAGCGGCGUGUGAUUGAGCUCAAAGCAGAGGCCGAGCAAAAGCUUGGCUUCAAGAUUUGUGAGCUAAUCACUAGCUCUGGCGAGCCUCUGCAGGAAACGUUGACCCUGGAAGAAGCCGGGAUCAACUGCAGGGAUCAUAUGACUGCGGUUGCUUUGGUGCCAACAGAUCUUACAGAAUCUCCAGACCAUCAUGCAUCUGGCCGCCAGUCUGGUGAGUUUGCAGCUGGAGAUGCGCGUGGCAGCAACCAGGAAGUUAGUGCUUCACAAAGUGCGCCUCAG